CAGCUCACAGGCGGCGGAUCCUGGGUGGACCUAAAGUCAGCUGACAGCUGUGUGAUGCUAGCAGGUUAACCUCGGAGAUAAGUCAUUAUUUUGUGACUUAAUUAAUGAUGUGACCAACAGGAGGACAUUUGUUCAAAAAGAGAGCAACCAGCAGCAGUGUGUGUCCGGCAGCAGAGCUACGGUAGCAGUCUGCAUGGAGAAAGUUAAAGAGGCAUUUCUGUGUCCGGGGAAGCCUCUGUAGACCUGCCUUUACUGAGGUAAAUGCUGGCUAAAUGGCAAAAACGGACCAGGCCAAUGGACGCGAAAUGCGGGGCAACACGGAGAAGUGGACGGAUAAUGGGAAGGACAGCUCCGAGGGACCGGAGGGACCGGAGGGAGGCAGGCUGGUGGACAAGUACGGAUUCACGGGGGGAGCCCAGCAGCUUACCGGGAGCCUUGCUGAAGAGGUCCCUAUUGAGGUCUUGAGGCAGCGAGAGGCCAAAUGGCUGGAGAUGCUCAACAGCUGGGACAAGUGGAUGGCCAAGAAACACAAGAAGGUGAAAGAACGGUGUGAGAAGGGGAUCCCUCCAUCCCUGCGUGGCCGGGCCUGGCUCUACCUUACUGGGGGUAAAGUGAAAAGGGAGCAAAACCAGGGCAAGUUUCAGCUACUUGAUGACCUGCCGGGAGAUCCCAAGUGGGUUGAUGUCAUUGAGAGGGACCUUCAUCGACAGUUUCCUUUUCAUGAAAUGUUUGAAGCAAGAGGAGGCCAUGGGCAGCAGGAUCUGUUUCGUGUGCUUAAGGCUUAUACUCUGCAUCGACCUGAAGAGGGUUAUUGUCAGGCUCAGGCUCCCAUUGCUGCUGUACUCCUGAUGCAUAUGCCAGCCGAGGAUGCUUUCUGGGUUCUUGUCCAGAUCUGUGAAAAAUACCUUCCUGGAUACUACAGCACUGGGCUGGAAGCAAUCCAGCUGGAUGGAGAAAUCCUGUAUGCUUUGCUGCGGCAGGUCUCUCCCGUAGCCCACCGUCACUUAAAGAAGCACAAGCUGGAUCCCAUCCUGUACAUGACUGAGUGGUUCAUGUGUGCCUUCUCCCGGACCCUACCAUGGUCCUCAGUGCUACGAGUCUGGGACCUGUUCCUCUGUGAGGGAGUGAAGAUCCUCUUCAGAGUGGGCCUGGUUCUCCUGAAAUGCAUGCUGGGAUCCCAAGAGAAACUGAAGGCCUGCCAAGGUCUUUAUGAGACAAUGGAGCUUCUCCGAGCAAUACAGCCACAGUACAUGCAGGAAACCUUCCUAGUGCAUGAGAUUAUAGAGUUAUCAGUGUCCGAAAAAGACAUUGAAAAGGAACACCUCUCUCAGCUGCGGCGCUGGAAGGAGACACAUGGAGAGCUACGUUGCAAGUCCCCUCCAAGGAUGCAUGGUGCUAAGGCCAUAAUGGCUGCGGAACCACCCAGCAGACAGGAUCUCAGACAGAGACCUACCAUCAUCGUAGCGUCUCCGCUGGCACCCAAGACAGGUGGAGUACGAGCAGAGGAAGAGAGGGAAAGUAGAAAGACUGAAGAGGAAAAUGGGAAUACAGUUCUUCUACCACAGGAGCCAUUGAAUCCUAAUCAUGCUCCCAGUGACCCGUCACAACUCCUCAAGAACAUUACCGUACACGGGUCCAGAGAGAGCAUGAGUAGUACAGAACAUGAUACUUACCUGUAGCAGGUGGACACCAGUUUACAUACAUAAAUCAUUCCAGCUGUACUUUAGCACUGACUGCUUCUUAUACCUUUUCCUCUCACAAUUUUUCAGUGACGAGGUUAAACAUUUUAAGUGCAUAGCAUUUGUGACUGGGAGUUUUCUUAUUUUUAUAUUCUUAUAACUCCAGAAACAUGUCAAGCGGAAAAACUUAUUUCCAUUAUUCAGACCAGGAAGAUGCUGCACUAAUACGAAUGUCAUUGUUGGUGUCAUUUAAUUCUUAUAGGUUGUUAGUUCUUAGACCUUUUUAACAAAGUAAUACAGCUCUGAAAAUUUGGCCUGUGAAAAAAAAAUAAUUAAAAUGUAGAAUACAGACAUGUUGUCUCCAGGGACUUUAGAGAACAUCAGUUAAGUUUUAACUUGUGAGAAUAUAAAGUCAAUAGCUUCAAAGUGCCGGACGCUUAGCGACGUACACUAAUGGUUAACGGAUCCUGCUGCUGUUCUUCAAAGCAGUGCGCUUUUGUUUAGUAAGUUUGGCUUUCUCUUUACUUAUGAGUGCUCUUGUAGAGCGCCUGGCCUUUAGUCUUCCUCUUGGCCUACAUUAGUCACUACGUUGCCUUUUCAGAAAUUUGUAUUUAUCGUUUAUUGCUUUGUUAGUCUCAGUUAUCCUCACAAAUUUGCUAAUGCACAGUUUAUCAGGCUGUAUUGACUUUUGCUGGGUCAUAUACGUUGUCUUUACUGUCCCCGAACACAAGGGGGCGUCCUGACAUCGUUCUCAGUAU